CUCGGCGCCCGCGGCUGCGCUCCUCUGUCCGGGAGCCGCAGACUUCCCACCCGACUUCCUCCGGCUGCUCCUCCCCGAGGGCCACCCCUCCCCCUCCCUGCCUACCUCACCCGCAGCGAGAGGCUCGCGCGGCCGGACAUUGUGGGUGUGCGUGCUGGAUUUCUCCCGGAUGCUCCCCGACUAACAUGGAUGUCCCACCAUCCCUUGCAGUGGAAGGUUGCUCCUUGGCGCAGUGAGUGAGGAACAUGCAGCGAUUGCUAAUGGGUUUGGGAAGCGGAGACUCCUUCCUCUCUGUGACCAUGCCGUGAUCGUGUCUGCGGCCACCACUCGACGCAUCCUCAUUCCUAUCCGAACCGGGAGCCUAACGCUAGAUCGGGGAAGUGGGUGCCGCGCGGGUGGACACAGAAACACCAUGAAGAUUAUUUCCCCGAUUCUAAGUAAUCCAGUCUUCAGGCGCACCAUUAAACUCCUGCUCUGCUUACUGUGGUUUGGAUAUUCCCAAGGAACCACACAUGUAUUAAGAUUUGGGGGCAUUUUUGAAUAUGUGGAAUCUGGCCCAAUGGGAGCUGAAGAACUUGCAUUCAGAUUUGCCGUGAAUACAAUCAACAGAAAUAGAACGUUGUUGCCCAAUACCACCCUGACUUAUGACACCCAGAAGAUAAACCUCUAUGACAGUUUUGAAGCAUCCAAGAAAGCCUGCGAUCAGCUGUCUCUUGGGGUAGCUGCCAUCUUCGGGCCCUCACACAGCUCUUCAGCAAAUGCUGUGCAGUCCAUCUGCAAUGCUCUGGGGGUUCCCCACAUACAGACCCGCUGGAAGCACCAGGUGUCAGACAACAAAGAUUCCUUCUAUGUCAGUCUUUACCCAGACUUCUCUUCCCUCAGCCGUGCCAUUUUGGAUUUGGUGCAGUUCUUCAAGUGGAAAACCGUCACGGUUGUAUAUGAUGACAGCACUGGUCUCAUUCGAUUGCAGGAGCUCAUCAAAGCUCCAUCAAGGUAUAAUCUUAGGCUUAAAAUCCGUCAACUACCUGCUGAUACAAAGGAUGCAAAACCCUUACUAAAGGAAAUGAAAAGAGGCAAGGAGUUCCAUGUAAUCUUUGACUGUAGCCAUGAAAUGGCAGCAGGCAUUUUGAAACAGGUAAUCUUUAACUUACCUAAAUUCUUGACUGAUGCUGCUCUAAUGUAUGAUGCUGUGCACGUGGUGUCUGUGGGCGUCCAACAGUUUCCCCAGAUGACAGUCAGCUCCUUACAGUGUAAUAGACACAAACCCUGGCGCUUCGGGACCCGUUUUAUGAGCCUAAUUAAAGAGGCACAUUGGGAAGGUCUCACAGGCAGAAUAACUUUCAACAAAACCAAUGGCUUACGAACAGAUUUUGAUUUGGAUGUGAUCAGCCUCAAGGAAGAAGGUUUGGAAAAGAUUGGAACUUGGGAUCCAGCCAGUGGCCUGAAUAUGACAGAAAGUCAAAAGGGAAAGCCAACCAACAUCACAGAUUCCUUAUCUAAUCGUUCUUUGAUCGUUACCACCAUUUUGGAAGAACCCUACGUCCUGUUUAAGAAAUCUGACAAGCCUCUCUAUGGGAAUGAUCGAUUUGAGGGCUACUGCAUUGACCUCCUCAGAGAGUUAUCUACAAUCCUUGGCUUUACAUAUGAAAUUAGACUUGUGGAGGAUGGGAAAUAUGGAGCUCAGGAUGAUGCCAAUGGACAGUGGAAUGGAAUGGUCCGUGAACUGAUUGAUCAUAAAGCUGACCUUGCAGUUGCCCCACUGGCUAUUACCUACGUUCGAGAGAAGGUCAUCGACUUUUCCAAGCCCUUUAUGACACUUGGAAUAAGUAUUUUGUACCGCAAGCCCAAUGGUACAAACCCAGGCGUCUUCUCCUUCCUGAAUCCUCUCUCCCCUGAUAUCUGGAUGUAUAUUCUGCUGGCUUACUUGGGUGUCAGUUGUGUGCUCUUUGUCAUAGCCAGGUUUAGUCCCUAUGAGUGGUAUAACCCACACCCUUGCAAUCCUGACUCAGACGUGGUGGAAAAUAAUUUUACCUUGCUAAAUAGUUUCUGGUUUGGAGUUGGAGCUCUCAUGCAGCAAGGUUCUGAGCUCAUGCCCAAAGCGCUCUCCACCAGGAUAGUGGGAGGCAUUUGGUGGUUUUUCACACUUAUCAUCAUUUCUUCGUAUACUGCUAACUUAGCCGCCUUUCUGACAGUGGAACGCAUGGAAUCCCCUAUUGACUCUGCUGAUGAUUUAGCUAAACAAACCAAGAUAGAGUACGGUACAGUGGAGGACGGUGCAACCAUGACUUUCUUCAAGAAAUCAAAAAUAUCUACGUAUGACAAAAUGUGGGCCUUUAUGAGUAGCAGGAGGCAGUCAGUACUCGUCAAAAAUAAUGAAGAAGGAAUCCAGAGAGUCCUCACCUCUGAUUAUGCUUUCCUAAUGGAGUCAACAACCAUUGAGUUUGUUACCCAGCGGAAUUGUAACCUGACACAGAUUGGCGGCCUUAUAGACUCCAAAGGUUAUGGCGUUGGCACCCCCAUGGGUUCUCCAUAUAGAGACAAAAUCACCAUAGCAAUUCUUCAACUACAAGAGGAAGGCAAGCUGCACAUGAUGAAGGAGAAAUGGUGGAGGGGCAAUGGCUGCCCGGAGGAGGAGAGCAAAGAGGCCAGUGCCCUGGGGGUUCAAAAUAUUGGUGGCAUCUUCAUUGUUCUGGCAGCCGGCUUGGUGCUCUCAGUUUUUGUGGCAGUGGGCGAGUUUUUAUACAAAUCCAAAAAAAACGCUCAAUUGGAAAAGAGGUCCUUCUGUAGCGCCAUGGUGGAAGAGCUGAGGAUGUCCCUGAAAUGCCAGCGUCGGUUAAAACACAAGCCACAGGCCCCGGUUAUUGUGAAAACAGAAGAGGUCAUCAACAUGCACACAUUUAACGACAGAAGGUUGCCAGGUAAAGAAACCAUGGCAUGAAGCUGGGAGGCCAAACACCCAAGCACAAACUGUCGUCCUUUUUUUCCAAACGAUUUAGCGAGAAUGUUUCCUGUGGAAAUAUGCAACCUGUGCAAAAUAAAAUGAGUUACCUCAUGCCGCUGUGUCUAUGAACUAGAGACUCUGUGAUCUAAGCAGUUGCAAUGAUCAGACUUGAUUUACAAGCAUCAUGGAUCAACCAAGUUACACUGGGUUACACUGUUUAUCAUGGGUUCCUCCCUUCUUUUGAGUGAAUGUUACACGCGCAUUUUGUGGCUGGUUUCAAAUGCAGUCCAGUAAGAAAUUACAGGUUCCUUUUGAAGUCCAACUGUUGCCAGGAGGUGGAAUAUCAAUGCCCCAAGGGUAACCAGUAAAAAAAAAAAAAAAUCAUUAAGAAUAAAAAUACUUGGAAUCAGCAAAAACUGUAGUGUUACAAGAAACAGUACAGUCUUCUGACACCCAGAUAAUAUAGGUGGUGAUGUUACUAGCCCCCAACUACUCAGUAUAAUGAUCAUCUGAAUAGAUGAUAUGUGUUUAUAGGAUGUGAAAAAAAUGUAAUGCAAAACAAAUCUGAAUUUCAUGGCAAGUGGAAUAUAAAGCAGAUAUUCAUCAGUGUUUUUCUUUCUUUCUUUCUUUUGACAGUCUGUGUCACUGAUUGAGAUAGAAAUGUCAAAUACCAAGGCAAUAAUGUUUUUUGUUAACUUUACCAAGGCAGGAGAUUUAACAUACAACUCUACCAGGUCCCCACCUAUCCCCUUACGCCUUUUCCCCAACCCCGUACCAAGAAUAAAAAAGCAACAGUUGGUUCAGAGAUUCUGAAUUGAAAAGGAUGAUGUUUUGCAAUCGUUGUUAUAAGUUGUAAAAGAGGGCUGGAUAUCGAUGGCUAUGUGGAAGACUGACGCUUUCAUUCUAACAUUCAGAUAUGUUAAUCUAAGCCCUCGUUCCUGCUAUAAACGAACUUGAUGGAGCCUGGGCAGAUCUCGGUGAAAGGAGAAAGGGGACUGACUGGUCAACCAUAGAAAAGGAUGUGUGGAGAACUUUGAAGUGGACUGCGUUUAUCAGUACAGUCACAAUGUUAAAUGAACAAAAUUCUUGAGCAGUUUUUUUCAAAAACAUGUUCAGGUUUAUUUGUGGAAAUGCAAGAUUUCUAUGAAAAUAGUUUUUGUAUGGAAAUUUUUGUAAUACUUUUUAUCAACAAAAUAAGAACACGUGUUCCUGUCAGGGGUGUGAUGUCAAGCAUGAAUGGUAGUGCGUGUGCACCACCAACGUUUGGUGAAAACUAUUUUUAUCAAGAAAAAAAGGAAUCAUAGAAGAGAAAUAUUUUCAAGUUAGAGAAUAUAAAAGCUAGGUGCACUACCAUCCUGCUUACCAUGCCACACCCCUGGUUUCCACGAGGCUGAUAACAUACUGUAAUGAACAGUUGUGUGUAAAAUGGUAAAAGACACAGACCUCUUGACAAUAUUGUGACAACAGUUGAGUGCACACAGUUUGCUGUUUGAAUCCAAUGCACAAAAUUAAAAAAAAUCAUUAAAAUUAUGUCCAUUUUACUUUCA